UAAUCAGAAAGUCGGAAUAAAGUAACGGCAGGUUAUAUAAGGUCAAUUGCGAUAAAAUUAAUAAGACGAGUUGAUAACGUUACUUGAAAAUAGCUGUAUGAAAUAGAACGUUGCAUCGAACACAUAAGUUGCCUUUCUUUGAUAUUCAUCUAUUCAAAGAUUAUGCGUCCAACUUUCUCCAAUAUGCAUCUAUUACAAAGAAAUAUUUCAUAUUAUACUGCUUUCUUAAGUCGAUCAAUGCAUCUUUUAAGAGAUCAAGCAUAUGUAAAUGGAAAAUGGAUAGGAGGAAGAAAAAAUGAAACAUUUCCUAUUUAUAAUCCAGCUGAUCAAUCUGUUAUUAACAAUGUGCCUGACAUGGAUGUUGAAGAUACAAAAUUAGCAAUUAAUGCAGCAUCUAAAGCUUUCCAAUCAUUUAAUAAGACAACAGCAAAGGAACGAAGUGAUUUACUUAGAAAUUGGUAUAAUUUAAUGGUAGAACAUUCAGAAGACUUAGCAAAAAUCUUAACUAAAGAAAAUGGAAAAUCUAUCACAGAAUCCAAAGCUGAGAUCAAGUAUGGAAAUUCAUUUGUUGAGUGGUUUUCAGAAGAAGCUAGACGAAUUGAUGGAGAAAUACUGCAAACACCAAUUACUAACAGAAAGCUUUUUCUAUACAAAGAGCCAAUAGGUGUUGCUGCUUUAAUUACACCAUGGAAUUUUCCACAUGCUAUGAUUACACGUAAAGCAGCUGCUGCUCUUGCUGUUGGAUGUACUUGUGUAAUUAAACCAUCAGAAGAAACACCCCUUACUGCUUUAGCACUAGCAGAUCUUGCAGAAAAAGCAGGAUUUCCUCAGGGAACAAUAAAUGUAAUUACAACAGGUUUAAAAAAUUCUCCUGCUGUUGGUAAAGAAUUAUGUGAAAAUUUUGAUGUAAAAGUUUUAUCAUUCACUGGUUCAACGAAUGUGGGGAAAAUUUUGUACAAAAACAGUGCUUCAACUGUAAAGCGGCUUAGUCUUGAAUUAGGGGGUAAUGCAUCAUUUAUUGUUUUUGAUUCUGCAGACUUAGAUAUAGCUGUACAUGGUGCUAUGGCAAGUAAGUUUCGUAAUUCUGGUCAGACAUGUGUUUCUGCAAAUAGAUUCUUUGUACAUAGUAGUAAAUUUGACCAAUUCAUAGAAAUGUUUUUAUCAAGAAUUAAAAGUGAAAUUAAAAUGGGUGAUGGUAGUAAGAAAGGUGUCACACAUGGGCCUCUCAUUAAAGAAAGUCAGUUAAAUAUGGUACAUGCAUUAGUUAUCGAUGCCAUAGAAAAAGGAGCAAAAGUGCAUUGUGGUGGUACACCAUUACCUGAGUUAGGACCACUAUUUUAUGCUCCCACACUUAUGACAGAUGUUACUAAAGACAUGCAAAUUUACAACAAGGAAAUUUUUGGCCCAGUAGCUGUUAUUCAUAAGUUUGAAACCGAAAAUGAAGUUAUACAAUGCUCUAAUGAUACAUCUGUUGGAUUAGCCGGAUAUUUUUACUCCCAAGAUAUAUCACAAAUAUUUAGGGUAGCACAACAAUUAGAAGUUGGAAUGAUUGGUGUGAAUGAAGGGAUAAUUUCUACUGCAGAAGCUGCUUUUGGAGGGGUAAAAGAAUCAGGUUUAGGAAGAGAGGGUUCUAAACAUGGUGUUGAUGAUUUCCUUCAAAUAAAGUAUUUAUGUCUUGGAAAUAUUAAGUAUCAUUGAAUUUUAUUAAGCAAUUUAUUUAAAUCAUCUGGUAUAAUAAUAUUAAGAGGAUAUUAGAUCCUAAAAAGUAUCGAAGUUAAAAAAUGCUCAGUUAGUAAUAUAUUCUCAUAAUAAAAUAAGUUGAAACUUUAAACAUCUUUCGUAUAAGAUAAUAGUUUAGGAUAAUUAAGCAAUAAAAUAUUGAUAUAAUAUGUACUAUUUAUCAAAUUAAAUGUCUUCCAAUAGUUUAUAAAUUAUAAGAAUAUUACAAAUAAUAUAUAUAUAAAUAAUGGAAUAUAUUGUACAUUUAUAUAUGUAUAUAUAUUGUGCAUGUAUUAUUAUUGUGCAUGAAUGUAUUAUGCAUUUUUAUAUAUAUAUAUAUUUGUUCAUAGUUUAUUAAUUUUUGUGCCAUACGGAGUAAUGAAUUUAUUUUUAUAUAUAACUAAUAUAUAAAUGAAGUUUUUAUUUUACUUAAUGAAAAUAUGAAAAAUAUGAAUUGACUGAAAAUAUUGUCUUCCAAAAUGUCUUUCUAUAAUAAUAAUAUAAUAUUUAUAUAAAAGAAUAGGAUAUUAUAAACAUAUACAGUCGUAUUUUUGAAAUAAAGUUAUAUUCACAGUAUGUAAUAGUAAAUACACAUACGGCAAAACGUUAGAUAUUUGUAAUCAAUAAAGAUACAAUAACCAGAAUAAAACUGUAAUGAGAAUGUCA